AUGUUGGACACGGUCUGCACACUCCCGCUCUCCUCGGACGUGUUCGCGCAGGCUAUCCACCCCGAGGAGCCGGUAGUUUCUGUCGGUUUGGCCUCUGGUCAUGUUCAAACAUUCCGAUUGCCUUCUCUAGAGGCUGAAGAUGACGAGGAUGCUUCUAGCUCUUCAGCCCUGACCGGGAAGGGCCAUAUCGACACAAUGUGGAGAACCCGACGACACAAGGGCAGUUGCCGCACCAUAGGGUUCGGUAUCGACGGGAAAUCACUCUACUCAGCCGGUACAGAUGGUCUGGUGAAGGCUGCAAACACAGAGACUGGUCAAGUGCACAAUAAGAUUGCAAUCCCUCUUGAGAAGAACGGCUCUAUUGAUGCGCCAACCAUGAUUCAUGCUCUCUCCCCUCAAACUCUCCUCCUCGGUACCGACUCGAGCGCUCUACACCUAUACGAUCUCCGCAUUCCCUACUCGAAGGUGUCUGCGCGGCCUGAGCAGUCGCACCACCCACACGACGACUAUAUCUCCUCUCUUACCCCUCUUCCGGCUUCUGAGACCAGCACGUCAGGUUUCAGCAAGCAGUGGGUCACGACUGGCGGAACAACUCUGGCCGUGACGGAUCUACGCAGAGGUGUCCUGGUGCGCAGCGAGAAUCAGGAGGAGGAAUUGGUAAGCUCGGUUUAUAUGGGUGGCUUGCCGUCCAGUGGAACCAGUCGAGGCGAAAAGGUGAUCGUCGGUGGAGCCAGUGGUAUCCUCACUCUGUGGGAGAAGGGCGCGUGGGAUGACCAGGAUGAGCGGAUCUAUGUCGACCGUGGUGCUGAUGGCGGAGACGCCGUUGAAGCAUUGACGGUCGCUCCUGACUACUUGGGCAAGGUCGUUGUGGCAGGUCUCGGAAGCGGAAAAGUGAAGUUUGUGCGCAUCGGAUCCAACCAAAUCAUUGGUCAGGUUGUACAUGAUGAAAUUGAUGGUGUCGUGGGCUUGGGCUUCGACGUGGAAGGUCGCAUGAUCUCUGGCGGCGGACAAACUGUCAAGGUUUGGCACGAGGCUGCAGACAAUGUCGGGGAGGGAUCUGGCGAUGAAAACAUGGAUGAUAGCGACGACGGUAGAGAUUCCGAUGAAAGCGAAGAGGAACGUCGGGAGGAUCCCAGAGAGCGCAAGAAGCGCAAGAAGUCCAAGGGCAAGGACCUUAGUGGUGGACAGCAUGUCAUGGCCUUCCAUGACCUCGACUAA